AUGACUAUAGCCUUAUUCGUAGGCACUAUUUGCUCGAUUUUGGGAGCAGUUCCCAUCUUAUGUCCAGAAGAAGCUGUAGUGUAUUAUCAUUUAUAUACAAGAAAUAAUUUAGAAAAUGCCACACAACUUUUUUUAAACAAUGAUAAUGUGUUAAGUGGUUCAUACAUUAAUUUUACAAAUCCAACAAAAAUGUAUGUUUCCGGAUUUUUUGGUUCAUACGAAAAUGCUGACGCACAAGAAGUAAAAAACGCCUAUUUAUAUACUGAGGAUUGCAACAUGAUUUUGGUAGAUUCAUCCCAAUUGUUAACAUUUAUAAACCUUAAUUUAGGAAUUUAUCUUGACGCACAUCCUGUAGGCGUAAUAUUAGCAGAGUUCAUAGACUAUUUAAUAACCAAAGGUUUGAAAUUGACCGAUUUGGAACUCAUCGGUAUAAGUUUAGGAGGACAAGCCAUUGGUAUAGCUGGGGCUGCGAUUAAAACUGGAAAACCAGCUAAAAUUAUAGCCUAUGACCCUGCCGGUAAUAACUAUAAUUCAUAUCCGCCGGAAAAGAGGCUUGACGAAACAGAUGCACAAUUGGUCAUAGUAAUUCAUACGGAUCCUCAUAUGUCGGGUUACAACCAGUCCUGUGGUCAUGUUGAUUUCUGGAUAAACAAUAAUUCAACUAUUCAACCUGGAUGUACAGAUGUCACAGAAGUUAUAGCUAGGGGGCUUUUUGAUACAAUAUCCUAUGUUUUUUGCAGUCAUGCGUACAGUUAUCAUGUAGGUGUAUAUGCUGUUUAUCAUCCAAAUGCGUUUCCCGCUUUAAAAUGUACGAGUUACGAAGAAUAUGCAAACGGGCUGUGCAACAAUAACGAUCUCCAAUAUGUUGGUGAUCAAGUAACUGCAUCAGCACAAGGGAAUUACUACGCCAAAGCCGGUAAUGAAGUUUAUAACCAUUAA